CUUGUCGUCGUCGCGUCUCUCAUAGAGAAGAUGCCGAACCUGGCGGGUCUCGCGCGAACCUGCGCAAUUUUCCAGACUCAAGCACUUGUGGUCCAUGACAAGAAAAAGAUGCUCAACGAUCAAUUGUUUAAGCAGGUUGCGGUCUCAUCAGAGAAGUGGAUGAAUUUUCAGGAAGUUAAGGAUGAAGAGCUUCCGGCAUACCUGCGUAGGAUGAGAGGAGAGGGAUGGAGUAUCAUCGGACUGGAGCAAGCGUCUGAUAGCAUCGCUCUGCACAAGUUCGAGUUUCCCGACAAGGCCAUCCUGCUGCUGGGCAAGGAGAAGGAGGGCAUCCCCCAGCCCCUCCUCCACCUGCUGGAUUUCUGCUUGGAAAUCCCCCAGCUCGGAAUGAUCCGAUCGCUCAACGUGCAUGUCAGUGCUGCGUGCACGCUGUGGCAGUGGAACCAGCAAUUUCUGCUGGACUAG